AUGCUUGCACUUUCUAUUUGGGUUUUGUUCGUAUCAACUGGUUCUGGUUUGAACAAUUGGUUCCAAGUGAAUUCGAAAUGUUUCCAAGCAAAUCGUCAAACUAGUACUCAUCGAAAUGCCGUUUUAACCUGCCAGAAAUCGGAUGCGUCUUUGUACUCAGUUAAAGAUCAAAAUGAAUUAAAUUCUCUGAGUAACAUUCUUAACACAAAAAGCCAGUAUUGGACAACUGCAAAAUUUGACGGCAAAACUUAUAAGUGGGAAGACGGCCGAACCUGCUGUCCCUUAAGUUGGUGGGGUCAAGGCGAACCGAACGACAACGAUACGUGCGUUCGACUGAGAUCAAGUUCCUCGAAAUGGCUGUUGUUCGACAGGGCGUGCAGUUACUUGUUUGGGUCGAUUUGCGUCAAAGACAGAGUUCGUAAGUGGAAACCUGUAAAAGUGUAUGACCUCGAGGAUUUGUGUGGAGUGGAAAUCAUGCCAAACUGCGGCGGGUUGAGAUGCGAAGAUGUAUGUCAGUCCCACCACGAUUGCGACCAAUUUGCAGAAAUGGCAAACGUGUGUGUCAACAUGAAGAAUAUCUCGGAGACAGACAACUGUGUCGUGAAAUUGAGACCAAAUUUGACAUUAUAUCGUUUGGAAUGGAAUUGUUGA